AUGCGGGUUUCUGAGGCACUUCUCUGGGCAUCCGCAGCCGUUGCAAUCGUGAGUGCGGUGGCUUUGGAGGCAGCUGUCGUUACACCUGCCCCCGUUCCUCCAUACCACGAGGCUCUCCGUCGAUACCGAACAGGACGAGAACCUUUCAAAAAUAUCAAAGAGCGUGACGAAUUAGAUAAUCUCGGUUUUUGCUGGGGAGGUCUUGAUCAGGUCACCGUUUGCGACACUUCAGUCAAACUUUCAGACGAGUGCUCCUCUUUCCAGACAGCUGAUGAUUGGGGAGCUUACUGGAAGUGCUUGUGUGAGAAUGGAGGGAUAUCAGCUCAACAGCAAUGCGACUGGUGCGAGGCUGCAUACAGCAUCGAUACAAUAUCCGGUUAUAUGGACAUGGCUACAUCAGAGUGCUCGUCCUACAGCGCUUCGAUUGCACCAGUUCCGGCUUCCUACCUUGCCCUAGCAUCUUCGUAUAAUGCCACAUAUUCGGGAUUUUCCACAACACCAGCGAAGACUGGGACCGGCAGAGGAUCAAGCCCGACGAGCUCAGCAUCGGGAAAGAAAACAGGUCCGACUUCGUCGCAUGCAUCAACAACAUCUGUUCGGACAUUUGGCGGAGGAGGUGCCGCACCUACUUUGGCUGUGCCGAAUACCCAGGUGCAAUCAUCUCCUACACCUACAGGUGGAGUUAGGACUGGUGCUGCACAAGGUUGGAGAGAUUCUGCGGUAUCCUCAUUUGUUGUGGUGACAUUUGGAUUGACGGCGCUGUGCUUGCUUUGA